GUUACGUUAUCUGUGGCACAACAAAUCCGCGCUAUCGAGGCGAUUAUUACUGUUUUGUACAAUUUUCUCGUAUAUUUCAACAAAUUUAGAUCCGUAACUAUCAAAAUGGCAACCACGGCCAAGCCACGCUCGGAGAUGACAUUGGAAGAGUUAGCUAAGAUUGAGGAAGAAGAAUUCAGCACAGGGCCUCUGUCCGUGCUAACACAGUCCGUGAAGAACAAUACUCAAGUUCUGAUCAACUGCCGAAACAACAAAAAGUUGCUGGGCCGCGUCAAGGCCUUCGACCGGCAUUGUAACAUGGUUCUUGAAAAUGUAAAGGAAAUGUGGACUGAAGUGCCGAGGACUGGUAAAGGGAAAAAGGGUAAAGCCGUCAACAAGGACAAGUUCAUCUCCAAGAUGUUCCUCCGCGGAGACUCCGUCAUCCUGGUCCUCAGGAAUCCUCUCGCCACCGCAGCCGGAAAGUAAACUAAGUUUAAGGUACCAAAGUCAUCUAUUGUCGGACCGCAACACUUUUCCAACCCGAAAUCUAUAUCUAAAUGUAAUUGAAAUAGGGUCAUUGUGCUAGUUUUCGCCCGGUUUUAGAUGUCAUCCUCUUUCCUUCAUUUUAUUAUUAUUUUCUCUUUAUUUAUUUAUCGUCUUAGGUUAGGUAUUUUUAUAAUAUGAAUAUAAAAGUAAAAUAUAAAAACACUUACAAAACAAUAAAAAUACAUAUAAACACAUUAUAAAAAACCUAACCUAGGGUGCCGCCAGCAGCGGGGCAAGGCCCAAGCUACCGGUGGUCAGGGCUGCAGAGAGAGGAACCGACGUACUAUCCGUACUUAUUAUUAUUAUUUUUAUUAUUUUAUUUGAUACACUAGCAGCUCUUAGAGCUGAUGCGUGUAUAUCGAAGCACUUGUAUUUUAUUUUGCACUUUUUAAAGUUCUAAAAUGUGUAUCCAGUCUAUUUUUGAAAGUGUUGACCGACGGUGCACUAACAACAGUAUCUGGUAGAGAGUUCCACACAUUUACCACACGAUUCGGCAAGAAGUGUUUUCUAGGGUUACUAGCACACGGAGGUUUGACAAGUUUUUUAGAGUGUCCUCUCAACCUUACAUUCUGACUUGAUGUGUAUAGGUCUUUAAUAUUUGGAACAUUGUAGUGACCGGACAAGAUUUUGUAAGUCUCAAUAAGAUCGCCUCGCUUCCUUCUCAUCUCAUUGCAUUCUCUCUCUCAUUGCUGCACAAAUUGGACUUAUUGCAAUCCAUAAUAUCUAAACAAUUUAUAUAUCUACAUAAAAAUAAUAUUUCGCAAGUAGCAAAUUAGAAAUGAAAUGUAUUAUUUGCUAAUCUGUCAACUGGACGGAAACUGACACCGGACGGUAAACUGACGCAAUUACCUUAUGUGGUGAAUAUUGAAAUAAAUUAGACUACAAUAAUUUUAUGUUAACCAAUAUUUCUCAUCAAUUUUCAUGUGGUUGGUUUGCAAUGGAUGCAUUAGAUGUAAUUUUAUAAGUCUCAAUAUAAGGUUUAAAAU